AUGUCUCCGGCUUCGAACGAAAGCGCUGGAAAGCCGUUUGAGAUCAUUUCCUCCCUCCGCUACGACCCUGGCAUCCCGCAGACCAUUUUGCAUAAUGCCACCGGCUAUCCCGACCCGCUAGCCUCGCCGUACUACCUUCUUGCCUACCACCGAGACCGAUUGGUCAAUGCUGCUCGUCACUUUGGAUGGAAAUUCGCACUACAAUGGCUUGAACUGGACUUGGAAAGUUUUGAGAAAUUCUUGGAUGGGUCAAUACCGGAUCGGAGCAAGCCAUGGCGGUUGAGGAUAGUCGUUGAUGCCAAGGGCAAUGGUUCUGUCGAUGUCAACCCAGCUGCGGCAAUUGACCUGCCCAAUCUAUUGGUCCCGUCUUUGAACCAAAGCAAUUCGUCGCCUAUAUGGCGUGUAUACGUCGAUACUGAACCCAUCACCCCAUCCGGGUUCACUACGCACAAAACGACAGCUCGGGAUGAGUAUACGGCCGCGCGGUUGCGUGCAGGGAUCAGCUCCCCUACGGAGACAGCAGAAGUUUUGGUAUUCAAUCCGAAUGGUGAAAUUAUGGAGGGAAGUAUCACCACUCCGUACUUCAGGUGUCGAGCUUCCGCCACAUCGGGUCAGGAGUCAGCUGGGCCUGCUUGGAGUACGCCACUGCUAAGUAGUGGGGGCAAUGCCGGCACGAGUAGAAGAUACGCAUUGAACCACGGGUUCUGCACGGAACGAAUUAUUCAAAAAACUGAGCUCGUGGAUGGCGAAGAAUGCUGGUUGAGUAACGGCGUUCGCGGGUUCAUGCGCGGCAUGGUCGUGCUGAAUCGACAACCAACUGAGUAA